GCCAUUAAAUUUGCGUUGCCGCAUUGUAUUCCUGAUAAGGAUCUAUAAGUCAUCUCUAUCGCACAGAAAAAAAUUAUUGGAAAAAACAAACAGAAAAAGUAAAAGGGCCGAGUGUAAUAAGACAAGGGAUGCAAGGCUCUCUGAAAGGAGGCGCCGGCAUAGCAAUUGAAUCACCAACAGACUGUUUUGUUUCCGAACCCUGAACACCAGAGCGAUGCUGCUUUUUGUGGCCAAAGUAGAUCGUGAAAAUAUGAAAAUCCGGCCGUGGCUCAGCAUCAGAAGGACUUUUGGGACUUUUCGUCGAGAAAGCAACAUAAGGAACGAUGGCAAAAGCACGAAAGGGGGCGGAAAACGAGUGGAGAGGACAGUAUUGGUGGUGGAGAAUUGGGGAAAACACUGCUUGCAUCGCAUUUGCAGCUACGAGUCGAGGUGCAUCUCCUUUGGUCGCGAGACAUCGAGUGGUAUCAAAUCAUCAUCAGGUAGCCACAGCUUUGAUGUUGAUCGAUUGAGAUCUGGCCCGAAUAGGAAGAUAUCCGAUUGGGCCAGACCACAAAGCAGAGGCGCUCUUCCGUCGACCCUACUCCGAUCUGGGACGCCAACAAACCGAGGGGACAAUGCGCAGUAUGCCGCAGAGAUGGAGAAAAAAAUUUUUUUCAACGAGUUGCAGGAGAAACCGAACCGAAUGGAGAAGCAAACGAAAUGGGAAAAUUAAUUAAAGUCAAGUCGCGCAAGAAAAGGCUGAUAGGAUUUCGGCAGGUAUGGCGCGAGGAGUGCUGCAGAAGGCUUUUUCGAAGUUCCAGGAAAUGUACGAAUCAAACUAGGAACAGAGGUUAGCUUAUAGUUUCACAACUGGUACACAGCCUUCCACAAACUAUCGCAGUCAGGCCACUU